ACUGCAAAAUUCAGGCAAUGCAUCUGGCAAUUAAAUUGCUCCCGCCAGUCAUUUCAUUUUAGUGUGUGAACCUAUUUUGGAGAAUUUUGCAAAUAUAAAAUAAUAAUAAUGCCUAAAGCAAAGAAUAUUUCAGGCACUGAUGAUAGCAGUGAUUCCGGGCCGGAGGACAGAAAUCCACCACCAGCAAAAAAAGUAAAAUCCGGUAAAGAGAAAAGCGGGUCUGGAUCCAGUAGUGGUAGUGCAAACCCGAACGGUCCCUGGACCAUUGAAAAAUUACGCCGUAUUCGAAUAAACGAGUUUAAAGGCCGCAAAAUGGUGGACAUACGAGAGUUUUACGAGAAGGAUGGCGAAAUUUUGCCGGGUAAAAAGGGUAUUUCGUUAUACCCACACCAAUGGAAAAAAUUACUUGAACUUGCACCCGAAGUAAAUAAAGCUUUGGGCGAAUAAUUUAAUCGUACACAAAAGUAAAUAAUGUACGCGUCGAGUGAAGGUGAACUCAAUCCAAUGUAAUUCUUGGAAUUUUGACAGUUCCGGGAGUUUGAUAUGGAUAUAAAAGUUUGGCCGCAAUCAAUGCAAAUGUCAAUGAUUAUUAACAAAAAUAAGCGUACUUAUAGAUAAGCAGCAAAAUGAACACCUGCUUGAAGUGUUUUUCAUCGUUUCACAUAAGUAGAUUAAGGCAAUUAAAACUUUAAACAUUUUUCGGAAUACACUAAUUUUUAUUUUAUAUUACUUCGUAUUUAGCUCAAUAUACGAAUAAAUUGUGCACGAAAAUA